AUUAGUUUACAUGGAGGACAAGUUCUUUCUUGGAAGACUGAGAAGGGUGAUGAAUUGUUAUUCACAAGCACCAAGGCCAACUCAAAGCCUCCUCAUCCGGUACGAGGAGGAAUCCCUAUAUGCUUUCCUCAGUUUGGAACUCGAGGAUCACUCGAGCAACACGGGUUUGCAAGAAACAAGAUGUGGCUUGUGGAAAACAAUCCACCUGCUUUACCUUCAUUUGACUCAACCGGCAAAGCCUUUGUCGAUUUGGUACUUAAAUCAUCCGAUGAAGACACUAUGAGGAUCUGGCCUCACAGCUUUGAGUUUCACCUGAGAGUCUCAUUGGCAUUAGAUGGGAACCUAACACUGAUAUCACGAGUCAGAAACAUCAAUUCAAAGCCUUUUAGCUUUGCCAUUGCCUAUCACACUUACUUCUCCAUUUCCGAUAUUAGUGAAGUUAGACUUGAAGGGCUGGAAACUCUCGACUAUCUUGAUAACUUGCACGAGAAAGAACGUUUUACAGAGCAAGGCGAUGCACUAACCUUUGAAUCUGAGAUCGAUAGAGUGUACCUAAAUUCUAAAGACGUGGUUGCUGUUUUCGACCAUGAAAGAAAACGCACAUUCCUUAUCAGGAAAGAAGGUCUACCCGAUGUUGUGGUAUGGAAUCCAUGGGAGAAGAAAGCUAGAGCACUGGCGGAUUUGGGAGAUGAUGAGUAUAAACACAUGUUGUGUGUUGAUGGAGCAGCCAUUGAGAAACCCAUCACCUUGAAACCGGGUGAAGAAUGGACCGGGAAAUUAAACCUCUCGCUUGUCUUAUCCACCUGAAAUAACCGAUACCGGUAAUGGAAAACCGAUUCUUCUGUGUGUCUUUUCAUUGGCUAUUGUUUUUUUAUGUAUAGUCUAUAGAAGAACAUCACAGUGUGUUUGUGAUUGAUUCUUCGGUAUGAUCAGAAUCCGAAAUAUUAAAAAGGAAACCUGAGAUUUGAAAAGGUCACCCAUUUUUAGGAAGUGACUAGAUAAGAUCCUGGUUUUGUGCGAGAUUUAAUUAACUUGUGUAUGAAGAUAUUGUUAUACUAUAUGAAAUUUGUAUUAUUUUAUU